UAAUUUAAACAUAAUAAUACACGUGCAAAUUUUUUUUAUUCAUUGACGAAAACUUUUUCGUCACAGUUAAAAAUUUAAUUGUGGCUUAAAAAAAUCAUCAAGGCCAUAAAACAAUGUAUCUAUUUAAAAUAACCUCAAUAAAUCCAAUAGACUGCAUGCUCAUGCUUCAAUGGGUUUAUUCAUACAUGAAGAUUUAUUUUAUUGUCAACAGAAAUAAAUUUAACCAACUAAAUAUUAGUAGUAAAUAGUCAAUAAAUUUAAUUUUUAUCGCAGAUACACGUAAAUAUGUUGAUAAAAAAAUCAUAUAAAUACCAUAGGGCUCACAAAAAAAAAUUAUCAAAACUUGUUCGUUUGAUACGAAAUUCAAAAUCCUACUUGGAAAAAAGAUGCGUUUCUUAAUUAUUUUGGCAAUUGUUGCUUUGGCUGCGGCCUUUCCAUCAUCCGAUAAUUUUGGUAUUCAAAAUAGUAAAGAUGUAGCCUAUACAAUGGAUGCGGAGAGUACUGAUGAUGAUAUUGUUGAAAAUAAUGAAAUAAAUAAUACCGAUGACUUGAAUAAUGAUUCAAUUAAUGUUCUAAAGGAUUUAAAUGAUGAUUCAAAUGAUUCAGAUGAUAUUCCGAAGAACUUAGAUGAGGAUACAAAUGACAUUCCAAAGAACCUAGAUGAUGAUUCAAAUGGUAUUCCAAAGAACCUAGAUGAUGAUUCAAAUGGUAUUCCAAAGAACCUAGAUGAUGAUUCAAAUGGUAUUCCAAAGAACCUAGAUGAUGAUUCAAAUGAUAUUACAAAAGACUUAGAUAAUGAAUUAAAUGACUUAAACAAUAAUUUUAAAGAUCUAGACAAUAUUUUAAAUGACUUGAAUGAUGAUCUAAAUGAUGUUUCUGACGAUUCAACUAAACCAAAUCCAACAAAUGAAGAUGAACAUACAACAGAAUCGGUAAAACAAAUUAAAACUGGAUUAUGCACCCAAGUAGGCAACAUUGCAAAGCCAGGAUCUUGCGGAUUUAUUAUGUGUGCUCCCGCUGUUGGUCGUAACAAAUUCAUUGAAUAUUGGACACCAUGCCCUAAAGACACUUGCUUCGAUCCAGAAACCAAUAGAUGCGAAUGGAAAUAAGCUAUUUAAUUACCGGUCAGACGGUAGAAGUUUAAAUAAUAAAACAUGUAAUUGUAAUUCUGUAAUUGAAUU